CCACGUGCUUCCUCUUCAGUUGUUUCAUUGCUCGCUGGGUUCCCUCAAAACCACCAGGUCAAUCAAAAUCUAAGAGGCCAACUUCGACCCAACCUUUCUGAUUUCAUACGCCGUUCUCCUCUGAAAAAUGAACUUGUCUACGGACUUGAGUACGACGAACUCAUGCACAACUCUCGAACCUUCGAACCGGUACCUGGCGUCGGCCGUUGUGUAUGGCCUGGUCCUGGCCGUGGGUCUACCGCUCAACACGUUGUCCCUGUGGAUCCUGCUGCGCACUCACGGGUUCCGGUCACCGUGCGCCGUGCUCAUGGUGAACCUCGCCGUGUCCGACCUUCUCCUCGCGCUCUCACUGCCGCUGCGCGUCUACUUUUACGCAACGCUCCAGUGGCCGUUUGGAGCGGCCACAUGCACCGCUGCCUUAAUGAUGUUUCGCGUGAACAUCAGAACGAGCUGUAUCUUCAUCACUUUAAUCAGCGUGGACCGGAUGAUCGCCCUGGUCUUCCCUCUGCGCUCCCGGUCUUUGAGAACCCCCGCGUGCGCGUUGAAGUGCUGCGCGGUCGUUUGGAUCCUCAUCACAAUCCUUUGUAUCCCAGAGAUUAUAAGACUGCACGGCGCCCUGAAGGGGUGUCCAAACAUACCCUGCUUUGAGGUUCAAGCGAGCCCCGAAAGCUCGCGAGUCAUUCCGCUCUCACAGGCGAUGUUUUUAUUAGUACUCCUGCUGGUCAAUAUCGUCUCCACGGUCGUGGUCAUAAUCGUACUGAGGAAGCGUCCCAGCGCUGAAGCGGCCAAGGUGAACAACAAAAUGAACGUGAUACUGAUUUUUGUAAUCAAUAUGUUGGUGUUUAUUAUAUUUUUCCUGCCGUUUACGUUACAACUUUUGACGUACAAUAACGACGAUAGCGGCGAGGUUAUACGAGCGCUCGUCUGCCUGGCGAGUGUCAACUGCUGUCUGGAUCCGCUCAUCUACUACUUCUCUCUGGACUCGUUCUGGCAGGACAAGGGUAAAAGACAAACGGAUGCAGGCACUUAUUCCCUCAGCAGGUCGAUGGAUAGGUCUUGACAAGCUGAGAACAGUUAGGAUAAACAAUAGCCUAACAACGGAGCCCACAACAGGACGUGGAGAUGGAUAAAAAUGUAAGAUGGAAGGGAAAUUAUAUUACAAUGUUUUUUCGUUUGCUCGCAAAACUUUUGCGCUCUUUCGCAAAAAAGCAUUGCGUUCCCCUGAGAAAAUUUGCGUUUGCUCGCAAAAGUAUUGAAUUAGAGUGAAUUUUGAGAUGACUGGGGAAAAUGUUAUUCACUCCUGUAGGUUUUCUCCGACGUUAUUUUGUUUCCAUCACAAAAGUUCUGCGAGCGAACACAAUUUCUCAAUGGAACGCAAAACGUUUUUCGAGAGAACGCAACGCUUUUUUUCUUCUUCUCACCAUCACCAUGUCCCUCGAUACAGCAAUAUAGAAAGUGUUAGGACUCUUUGGACAAAGUAAAUAUAGGUAUUGUUCAAAACUUUUCUGGACACUUUAUGAGUAUCAAAUAUAUGUUAAUAUAUUGGUUAAUAUGACAAACUAGUACUGUGGUUAAUCUUCCAGAACACCUGUUUGAAUUUGAGAACUUAUUUCAUUUAUCCACUAAAAUGUUCCUGAGCAGAUUAAACGGCAAAGUUGUUAGAUAGCCUAUUUUGUUUAAAUGUCUCAUUGAAAUCUCAAAUUUUGCACUGUGGUAUGUUGAACCUGUUAGGUAAGUCACAUAUUGAUUAUACAUAUUAAUCUUUAAAUGCAUUUUUUAUGUACUUGAAAUUUAGGCUUAUCUGUGGCGAAGCCUCAUGUAGAGACUUUCAUAAUAUCUCCAAAAAAGAAGUGUUAUAAAUUGCUGAUAAUGUAUAAAACGCGUUUUAGUUUUAUAUGCUUAUUUAUUUUGAGGAUGAUGGCUAGUGAACCACACUGAAGCUAUGCUUUUUUUCCACUUCCUGUGUUACCAAGGUACAAAAACAACCUCUUUCAAUGCAUUUGUUUUUUAAACAUUUUGCCCUGAGAACACUUCAGAGGAACUUCUACAGUAUGUGCAUCUUUUGUCAAAGCAUGUCAGUCUCAACCAUAUAAAUUUACAGUUACAAGGUGUCUGGUUCCAUCUAAAUUAGUAAACAUGAAUGUCUCUGAGGGCAUCUCGGGAUGCUGAUGCUUAAUUAUAGGAAUGUUGGCUUCGGACAACAUGAAGAUAUUUUAGAUGACAACGAACAUAUCCCUUUUUUGUCAUCAUCAUUGCUAUCAUAGAUGUUUACCGUUGAGGUGGUUUCUUCAUAUAAACCAGUUACAGUUAUGGCUGCAGUGGUUCAUACAAUGUUGUAAUAAAUGUGCAUGUCAUUAAAUCUGCCAUUAUUAAUGUGAUGACAGAAAUCUGCUUAUUUUGUAUAGUUGAUGCAGAUGAUUCAAAGCACUUUUUUUUUGUUGUAAUCAUGAAUCUGAGGUUUCGGUGAUUCCUCAAGUAAGGUGUCUUUUAUCAUGUGAACUAAAUGUUGUUGCAUUAGCUAUUUUUUUAAUGUUAUAUUAAAAAGGAGUUUGCAUUAAUACCCUUGGUUUAUGUUUCAAGACUUACGGUUAACACACAUUUAAAUCUGUCUGAUCAGUUGAUUUGCAGGUGUCAUAUUUUCAUGUUGAGUCAUGUUUCCUUCUUUUUUUCGCCCAGACUUCCUGUGUGCUAUGUGACAAAUACUUUAACUAAAUACACUAAAUACAAAAAAGAUUUUAAUAUGCCUGUCAAAUAAUGAGCAGCAGUGAAGAUUGUAUACAAUUUUUAGAUAAACUAAUGGAAAAAUAGUGUUUUUGUCUAGCUGCCACAUAUCUAAUAAUCUUAUAUAAUCCUAAUAAACCCGUUUGAUGAAAAAUGUUUAGAAGUCUUAAGCAUGACUUAGCUGUUAAGAAUUUGUCCUAUAAACUGUGUUUAGAUUUUGUAAACUAACACUGCUGAUGCAUGAAACAGCAGGACUGGAACUAUGCCGUGUUUAGAAGCAGCCCUUUGCGUUUGGUGGCAUAUUUCAUCAGCUAUAAAAUAACUUCAAAGUAUCUUUACAUGGAUGGUCAAAAGGUCGGAAACAAAUAUCUUAAAGGAAUAGUGCAUCCAAAAAUGAAAAUUUACUGAAAAUUGAGUCUACAUCUAAGAUGUAAGGGAGUUUGCUUUGUUCAUCAGAACAGAUUUGGAUAAAUUUAACAUUACAUCACUUGCUCACCAAUGGAUCCUCUGCAGUGAAUGGGUGCCGUCAGAAUGAGAGUCCAAACAGUUGAUAAAAACAUCACAAUAAUUCACACCACUCCAGUCCAUUUUCUCCAAAAUGCAUCUACAUCUUAGAUGGCCUAAGGGUGAGUACAUUUUCAGCAGAUUUUCUUAAUGUGGUGAACUAUUUCUUUAAGUAUUAGUUAUUAUAUUGCUCUCUGUAAUAUGUAGAGUUCACUCACAUUAAAACUUUUUUCAAAAACAUAAGAAUUUGGGUUACAAUUUAUUUUAUGGUGUCCUUGUUACAGUGUAAUUAUACAUUUAAGAACUGUGUAAUAUGCUACAUGUACUUACUAUAUGGUUAGGGUUACGAUUAGGGUUUGACUUAGGGUUACUUGCAUGUAAUUAUGGAUAAUUUAUUGUUAUUAUAAUACGUCACAUAUAACAAGGACACUUUAAGUGUUAUCGAAUUUUGUUAUUUACUCACCUUCACAUUGUUCCAAACCUAAAAAUUCUGCAUAAAGUUCCUUUUCAUACAAUAACAGUUUAUAGUGACCAAUGUCUAUUGAGCUACGAAAAUUGUCCAAUUUGUAAAUUAAUUAUUUUUUAACAGCCCACUCACUAACUCAAUUUUCCACUCAGUGUUUCUCAGAUUUUGAGGUGGAAUGUUAACAGUGAAUAAUUCUUCAGUUUGCUCAUCACAUAAAGCUAUCACAUGACUUCAAAAGAAUAUUUUUAUGGUGCUUUUUUGACAUUUUGCAUCAUUGCAUGAAAAAAAAAAAAAUCUUGUUUCACAGAAGAAAGUCGUGUGUUUGAAAAGUUGAUUUUUGAUUGAACUGCUCCAUUUGAUUGAAUUAUUUAUAUCAUUUGCUUUCAGACACCCAUCUAGAAAUUACUAGAAUGACUCAGAUUUAUGUAAGAUCUAACCUGAACAAUCUAACCUGUAACAAUCUAACCUGAAACCUCAGACUGAGCUGAGAGGAUGGGCAUGUCAAACGCAAGGGCACAAGAUGGUGCAAGAUAAUUUCAAAGUCAUGCAUGAGAAUAACCGUUUUUAGUCACACGUUUCUCGUUACCCCUUUCUUACAGUUUCAACUAGUACAAGAGGUCUGAUGCUAUACAGACUUCCUCUGGGCUUUGAAGAAGUUUCCCAGCUGAUUUAACAUCAAAAUCAGCAACGA